AUGAUGAAUUGCGACGUCGUCUUCCCGUUAGCGUCGUCUCUCCUGAUGCUGCUUCUGCGCCCGCUGAUUGCCGACGCCGUCUCCGUCGGCGGGAAGAUCACCGGGCUCGCGCGCGAGGCCGCGGAGUUCCUGGCGCGCGACGACACCGUCCGCCGGCUUUGCGGCAACAACCCGAGAAGCAGCGUUAGUGGCAACGGCACGACGGAUCAGUCGUCGGAGUACCGGGCUUGCGGCGCAGCCGAGGUCGCCCGCGAGCUGGCGGGCGGCGGAAGCGCGAGCGAGGGGGAGCUGGAGGACCGCGGCGAGGACUGGUUCAUCUGCGCGGCGGAACUUUGGUGCGUCAUGAGAAUGCUCGGGUUCGCGGAGGGGGACGCGCUACGAGGACUGAGAGAGGAUGAUCUACGCCUUUGA